AUUGCUGCGUCGGCCUGCACGAACCGGGCCAGAAUAAAACAGAGGCUGAAAAGCGCGCUUUUCCACCGCUCUGCUAGCCGGAAAAAAAAUGGCGACUCUCACUCUCGCCGGAGCUAUCUCCUCCUCCACCGCCGCCGCUAAGUCUCAUCGCUUCCCAGCAGCGAAAAAACCUCGAUGCACCAGACAAAUCAUUCAAUGCGCCGCAAUCUUGGAAAGACGUGAUUGCAUGGAUUCUUGUUCCUCGUUCAAGGAAAUGAGAAAUGCUGCUUGUGGUUUGCUAGCUGCUUGGGCGCUUACAGCUGCCUCUCCUGUUCUUGCUGCAAGUCAGGCGUGGAUUUCUCAAAUGCUGUAAUCGACCGGGUCAAUUUUGAAAAAGCCAAUUUACAGGGAGCAGUUUUUAAGAACACAGUUUUGUCAGGCUCCACCUUCGACAACGCUGAACUUCAAGAUGCAGUGUUUGAAGAUACUAUAAUAGGCUACAUUGAUCUGCAGAAACUCUGCACAAACUCCACCAUCAGUGAGGAGGGAAGAGCAGAGUUAGGAUGCCGCUAAGCACCCAUAAUCUUUUCACACAUGCAGGCACUCCUAGGUGAUUGCUGCGCUGAUCUUGCC